AUGGCGAGUAAAAUGAAAGAAUUCACUGAAUUUAACGAGCAGUUCCUGACGUGCCCGGUAUGUAUGCUGCAUUUCCGGGACCCCAGAGUCCUGCCAUGCCUGCACACAUUCUGUAGAGAGUGUCUGCAAGAAUGGACCACCAAACAACAGCCUCUGGAGUGUCCAACCUGCCGCACACAGGUCAGUCUACCAGACCAAGGUGUGGACGGACUCAGGACCAACUUCUUCGUCAACAACCUGCUGGACUUCGUGGCGGCCAAGAAAGGGGCGGAGCCAGGUGUGCCAUGUCAGGUGUGUAAGGGAAAUAUGGAGGGGUCAAAGUCUUGGUGUGCGGAUUGCGCCAUCUUAAUGUGUGAGUCGUGCAAUCUGGUACACCGUCAACUUCCAUUUUCCAAAGAUCACGAAGUCAUCUCUGAAGAAACGCUCAAGGCAGAAAAAGACGUAAGAAAAGUUUAUGGCAAACAACACUGCGACAAACACAAGAAGUAUGAACUAGAAUUCUACUGUGAGAGCUGUAAGGCUCUGGUUUGUACGGCAUGUACUGUGGUGGACCAUCGUCCAGGCAAAGAUCAUAAUCCGAUAGAAAUCACCCCGGCCGCUCAGAAGAAAAAAGAAUCCCUUCAAGCAUUGCUGCAAGACAUAGACCCACGUCUGAGGGAAAUUCAGGCAUCAGUUAAGGAAUUUGAAAGGAAGAUUUCAAACUUAGCCCCCUCGAAAGAAGUAGCUACAGACCAAGCCAAGUCAUAUUUCCGCCAAAUUAUUGGCCUUCUUCAAAAGCGUGAAAGAGAGAUUUUGAGCCAGAUUGACGAACAAUCCCGAGCCGAUGGCAAGGCUCUACAGACAAAGAAGGAAGCGAUAGAGUUUGAGUUGGCCGGACUGACGAGCGCACAGACGUUCUGUCAACAAGCUGUAGAACACGGAAGUGAGGUGCACAUUCUGGAGGUGGGAAACCAAGUCCAAACAAGGGUAGAAACUCUGCUGGCAAAACAACUGGACCUGGAGUCCGACUGGAGCGAGUUUCAGUUCGUCGAGAACACGGCUGUCACAGACUUUCAGAAACAGGUUCGAGACUUGGGUGGUGUCAAGACAAACUUCAAAGUUUUUUUGAAGCCGGCAGUUCAAGGGUUUCCUUGCUUUGCCAACCUGUUAACAAGAAGCACAGAAGGUCGUUCUUGUAUUACGAAUAGUGAAGCAAUCACAACCAACAUGAACGACCCAUCAGGAAAAAACGUCCCGACAAAACUACAGAUGAAGAGCGAUGGCGUAUUGGAAAUAACGUACAUUCCCAAGGCCACGGGAAACCAUAGGCUAGAGGUCAAGGUCAACUCACAACAGGUGCCAGGGAGUCCGUUUGAUGUUCAAGUACACGGAAAGGAUGCCCCAGCCUUCACUAUCGGACAGAUGGGCAAUAGGGUGGAGGAACUGGACGGGCCGCUAGGUGUCGCGGUGAAUAAGGACGGCAACAUUGCAGUCGUGGAACGGGUGAGCAAGCGAGUCAAGAUAUUUGAUGCAAAAACAGGUCAGUCUUUGUGUAGCUUUCCAAUUGAAAGUGACUGUCCGUUUGGUAUUGCUGUGGACUCAAAUGAAAGGGUUUUUGUGACGUCAUUUGGUGAAAAUUACGGAAUAAGGCGUUACUCUAAGGAAGGUAAACUUUUGAACACAUUCAAAUCAGGCUGCAUGAAAAAUACACUCGGAGUUGCAGUUCUGCAGGAUGGCCGCAUGGUGGUGGCGGACCGUGAACAGAAGUCGUGUCUCCUCCUGCAGCCUGACGGGAGCCUCAUCCGGGAGAUUGGCAAGGGGCAGUUACAGAGCCCAGCGUUCGUGUCGGUAGACGAGUCACGUGACAUGAUGUUCGUCACAGAUAUCGAAGCACACAAGGUAUUCGUGUUUGACCUCGACGGAAACCAAACGUUUACUUUUGGUACGAAAGGGCAGAAUGAGGGCGAAUUAAAAACACCAAUAGGUCUUACAUUAGAUCAAACAGGUAACAUUAUUGUAGUGAACAAUGAUGGUGGCCGUAUUCAGAUGUUCGGGCCUGACGGGACUUUUAUUCGGACUGUGGCGACAGUUAAAGGAGGUAGUCCUUAUGGGAUCACACUAACCCCAGAUGGUUAUAUAGCUGUUGCAUGUUACACAGGGCAAUGCGUAAAAUUUUAUAGGUACAACUGAUAAUCCACAUUAUGUUGUUAGAAUGGCACUUAAAAAAAGUAAUGCAAUAUAGCAAAUUACUCACGUGAUCGCGACGUAAUAUACGUCACAGACACACCAGAGAGCGCACCUAAAAUAGUUAUCUUAAGUUUGAAAUUGGAUGCUU